AUGGAUACCAACGACUCGGCCUCAUGCAGCGAAACCAACAUGUUGAGGAUCCAGCUAAUCAAGAAGGAUGAAAUGGAAGGAACGUUGAGGAAAAAAUUGAGGGACAAAGCUAUCGCUUUGGAAGUUGCAGAGGAAAAAGUCCGGAGACUCGUCGCAGCGUCUCAGAAACAGGCAAAGGCUGAGAGCUCUGUUAUUGCAGGCUCAUCGAGUAACGAUACGGGGAGGAAUGCAAAGUCAAAGCCUAACGGUGGUACUACCGCUCCCAAGUCAGAACCAAUAUCCCCUCAACGUCGAAUGGUGCUGGCAUACGUCGACCUCCCUCCUCCUUCUCGACCACUCAGCACUCAGCCCCGUACCGCGCCCCCACCACCACCACGGCACCAAAACCACGAGAGCUCUACCCUCGACGAGAUGGAAGUGGAAAAUACACCAUCCAUGUCUCCUCCACUCAAUAUGAAGUUGGAGCCCAAGUCCCCACACAAGCACAAAAGACUCAUACCAUAUGUCAGCGUUCCAUCACCACCGUACCAAAACCGCGAUGUCGAAGAAAUGGAAGUGGAAGUAACACCAUCUAUGUCUCCUCCGCCCAAUAUGAAGUUGGAGCCUAAGUCCCCGCACAGGCGCAAAAGACUCAUACCAUAUGUCCGUGUUCCAUCACCACCGCCCCAAAACCACGAUGUCGAAGAAAUGGAAGUGGAAGUAACACCAUCUAUGUCUCCUCCGCCCAAUAUGAAGUUGGAGCCUAAGUCCCCGCACAGGCGCAAAAGACUCAUACCAUAUGUCCGUGUUCCAUCACCACAGCCCCAAAACCACGAUGAAUCGAAGAAACGGAAGUGGAAGUAA